UGGAAAGAUUUGAUCAUGAAAGAAGGAAGGAAGAAGAAAGGUUGAUGUGUGAACAGCAGAUAGAGGAGGAGAGAUUGCUACGUGAGCAAAGGCGUUAAUCAGAGUGACGGGAGAAGUAUUUACAGAAAGAAUCUAUUAAGGCGGAGAAAAAGAGACAAAAAGAAGAGCUUCGUCGAGAAAAAGAAGCGGAGAGACGAAAAGCUGCAGUGGAGAAGGCCACUGCUCGCAGAAUUGCCAAGGAAUCCAUGGAGCUUAUGGAGGAUGAACAGCUGGAGCUGAUGGAAUUGGCCGCUGCAAGCAAGCGUGAUUGUGGAAGACCUCCUAUACCUAGAAAAGACCCAGGAGCAAAACCUGAAGAGGAGCCUCUAUUAUCAAAUCACCCUUAUGUUGAUAAGUUGUGGCAGAUACAUGUCGCUGAGCAAAUGAUUUUGGAUGAUUUGGAGGCCAAUCCUGAGAAGUACCAAGACCAAAAAUUAUCUGAGUUGGUUGAUGAUGAUUAUGAUGAAGAGAAGAGUGUUGAAUAUACUAAGGCUUACUAUAAGAAGUCCUUAAUACCAAAAGUUAUUCUGAAAACUAGUGUGAGAGAACUUGACUUGGAAGCAGCUUUAGCUGAGCGUGAGUUCCAUAAGAAAAUGAUAAAAGAAGCAGAAAGGGGAGAGGCAUAUAAAAUUUCCAAAUUCAGGCGAAAUAUUGAGAUGGAUGAGUAUGACUUGAUGCAUUGGCGUCGGUCAUUUGAAGAAAGAGAAGCCUUGAUCAGGGAUAUCAGCUGCCGACAAGCCCUGGGCCUGCCACUGGAAGAGCCAGGGAGAUAUGUAGACAGCGGUUACUUUGGCAAGGAUCAAUACGAUCCUUCAAACCCUUUAUAUAGAUAUGACUAUUGGGGCGAACCGGAGAACUCAGAGAAAAGCAAGCAACAGAGGAUGACGGACGCCCACAACAAAUCCAUGGUUGGCAAGGGUGUCGUGUGGUAUGAAAUGUCUCAUGAAGAUGCCAUCAAGCAAAAGAUGCAGAGAGAAGCCGCAUCAAAAGGAGUGAUGCAAAAAGAUUUCGAGGAUCAAGAUAGCGAUAAAGACGAUGAGGACGACGAUGACGAGGAUUUUGAUUACAGCAUCCUUGGCAACCCGAGCAUUAGUUUUGAGAACCAGCCUCUUGUUAAUGGGACUGAAUCUUCUAGAAUAUCAGAUGAGGGUAUGUUUGAGGACUAAUGUAGCCAUUGUUGGAUAGUGGAAAGUCUGUACAGCGGAACGCAUGUUAUCUUUCCUAUUUUUGAACAAAGCUCGAGUUAAAAGCCGUUGUGUACGGAGCAUUCUAGCCUUUGCUAAGCAAGGACAAGAAGCAUGAAGAAAAGUUUGAGAGUUCCAUAAAGAAACACCCCUAUCUUUGUAAAGUACGU